UUCAAAAUCCAAAGUCCAAAUUGACGGUGGGCAGGGCAGAAUGCAAAUUUGAAGAAUUUUAAUAUAUAUAUAAAAAUUUAAUUAAAAAUGCAGCAACGGCCAGUCAAUUUUGCAAAUUGAAACCCGGACCUGCCAAUUAAAAUCAAACAGGGCACACAAAAUGUUGAGGCAAGCACGACUGGCACGUAAGCAAAUAGUCAACUAAACCACUUUAAUUUUCAAGUCCAAUACCUUACGAAAUAUUUAAAAAAAUAUAUAAAAUAAAAAAUAAAAAAUAAAAAAGGAGCUCAGCUGGCGGGUAACGUUGGUUUUGGUUGGCAAAGUUCACAUGGCUCUCACUUUGUAUAAUUCAAACACACCACAAGCAAAAAAGAAAAAGAAAAAAAGAAUCCCAAGAUAAAAGUUGAGCACGAAGAAAGAAGGAGAAUCAGGAACCACUUGGAAAAGUUGGCCUGCCCUUUUCUUCAUCAACCGUGAUCUCUCUUUUCCCAAACUUUCCCAACACUAUUGGAUUGGAUAUUCAAAGGAAGCAGAGAGCUAAAGUUUGGAGCUUCAAAAAAAAAACCCUUUUCUUUCUUUGUCUUCUUUGUAUAUUACAGAGAGCUACAGUGGUCCAAUCUUCAAUCUUCAAUGGAUAUUUCUAUGAAAAGAAGAACUCUGCUUAAGGUCAUUGUCCUUGGAGAUAGUGGGGUGGGAAAGACGUCUUUGAUGAAUCAAUAUGUGUACAAGAAGUUCCAUCGACAGUAUAAAGCUACGAUCGGUGCUGAUUUCGUCACGAAGGAACUUCAGAUUGAUGACAAGUUGGUGACUUUGCAAGUUUGGGACACAGCGGGGCAAGAAAGAUUUCAUAGUCUUGGAGCUGCGUUUUAUAGGGGAGCCGAUUGCUGUGUUCUUGUGUAUGAUGUAAAUGUGAGCAAAUCAUUUGAAACACUUCAGAACUGGCAUGAAGAGUUUCUCAAACAGGCUGAUCCGACUGACCCCGAGGCAUUUCCCUUCGUAUUACUUGGAAACAAAAUCGAUGUAGAUGGUGGAAACAGCCGAGCGGUUUCUGAGAAGAAGGCUAGAGAGUGGUGUGCUUCAAAGGGAAACAUACCCUACUUUGAGACCUCUGCGAAAGAGGAUUAUAAUGUCGACGAAGCGUUUCUAUGCAUUGCGAAAACAGGAAUGAUCAAUGAACAUGAACAAGACAUUUACUUCCAAGGUAUUUCAGAAACUGUUUCAGAAGCAGAGCAAAGAGGAAGAUGUGCAUGCUAAGGAUGGGAUAUGUAUAUCCCUACUAAUUUCAAUAUGAAUAUGUAAAUUCUUUCAUAAUAUUUUUUUUUCAUUCUUUUGAGGGUGGAAGAAAGUGUGUUAUAUAUUUACCAUUUUCAUGUGUUGUACCAUUCAUCAUAUACCAUUGUAAGUUGUCUACUUUUUUAGCUCUUGAAAGCAAGUGAUUUAACCAU